CCAAGCCCUUAGGGAAAAUUGGUGUCGACGCCUUGUGCCAGCCCCGUAUUCGAUCUACGUUAAAGGUUGUGGUCUUUCUGCGUGAGGGAGGCGCCCCCCCAUGGAGAAAAGGGAAAGCCAAUCGCCUUAUAUGCACGCAACGUACAAGCCAAGACCAUCGCCGUAUUCACAUGCACUCGUUACCCUUACAUGAGUGAGUGACAGGUGGAAAGCAGCAGGAGGAACUCGUCUGCGUACACCCACCCUCACACCUACCCCCACACCCCGCACCCCACACCCACACCCACACCCACACCUACCCCCACACCUACCCCCACACCUACACCCACACCUACACCCACACUCAGUCUGACUUGUACUGCCAGACCACAGUGGGGAACCGAUUCGGCGGAGAGAGGAGGACAAUGGAGAGAGGAGGGGAAAGUAUCACUGACGAAAGAAAUGUAGAGGCCGAUGAAGGGCAAGAGGAUGGCGAGCCCACAGCGGCUACCUAUGAUUGCAGCGGUGGCAGUCGUCAUCAUCAAGGUGGUGAUGAUGGUGGUGAUGGGCAUGAUGAUGAUGAUGAUGAUGAUGGCUAUGGUGGCUAUGGUGGGGCUGCUGAAGCUGCGAGUGCUAUAAUUGGCAGAGGAGUAGCUGCUGAGUGGUCUCGUCUGAGCGAGGACUUGCUUCUGCGGAUCUUCAGCUUGCUUCCCACCAUAGAUAGGUUCCGUGUGUGCUGUGUGUGCAGGAUGUGGCGCCACAUGUCGCUGUCACCCAAUCCCGGCUAUUGGAGGGAGGCGAACUUGUAUUCUCUGUCUUCUAGUAAGCCGCACUUGACCGAGCAAGCCGUGAAGGCUGUGGUGCUGAGGAGCAAAGGUAUGCUAGUCAAUCUCUCCAUCCAAUGCUGCCAACUGUCAUUACUUGAGUACAUUGGGUGCAACUGCCCCAUGCUGGAAGGGCUCAUCGUCGGGGACGUGAGGUUCUGGUCCCCGAACGGACCGCGAGGAGAGUGGAUGCCUGCUGUGCAUGCGUUUGUGCAUGGAUGUGGUGCUCGACUGCAGUCGCUGAAGAUCUUGUUCCAAGUGACGGAAGGUGAUCGUAGGCGACGGCGAGAGCUGUCGGCUGUUGUGGCAGCCCUUGCGACGGGCCUCCCCAACCUCGUUAGCUUGGUGCUUCAUGUUACUGGUCAACAGCGGCUGCAGGAUGACGACGUGAGUGUCCUUACACAGCACCUGCCUCGGUUGGAGGUUCUGAAGUUGACGGGUGCUCAUAUCACAGAUGCUAGCCUGGAUCUGAUUGGGACAAGGCUGCUCAGCUUGCGAUCCUUACACGUGGAUGGCUGUCGUUCUCUGCACCAAGAGGCCGUAGACUCUCUCCGUUCCCGUCGGAAAAACCUCCACGUGUCGGCAAGUGGCGGCUUCUUCUGGCACCCACCCACAGGUGUUGACGACGAGGACUGGGCAAUUAUGACGGUUUAUGCCCCAGUAGAAUACAAGGAGAAAAUCAAGUUUUAUGCCGCUCUCCCAUCCUGGAUUCCAGAUGUGGAGAACCUCAUUCUGGCCGGGGAUUGGAAUACGGUGUUCAAUCCGGGCCUAGACUCUCCCAACCCAACGCCCAUCAGGGAAGAUACCUUCGUGCUGACCUCCCUCAAGGGAGCUCAAAGUCUUCACGAUGUAAAGGAUUUAUGGGACAAGGUAGGCUCAGUCUGGCACUCUACAGAGAAGGUAAGGAGUUUGAUGCCCAGGUUACGCUGGGUAGAGCUGAACUAUGAACGGAUAAAGAAGGCCGCCGUCCCCACCCAUUGGAAAAGAACUCUGAAUAAAGAUCAGGAGCAGAGUUCGGGGUUCUGGGUGGUUGACCCAGAGAACAGUUCACAACUUUGGAAAGUGCUCGGUCCGGAUCCGGGUCCAGGAACAAAAGUCCAAAUUUGGAGGAAAAAGCAGGACAGAAACCAAACAGCUCUUAUCUUCGAAGAUGAAGAGACGGUCAAAACUACUGUUGGUCUGGAAGAAGCGAGAGUGAACAAGCAGGUGUCUCACGGGUCUUCAGUGUGUCAAAUGGUGAUGGUUCCUCAUGACAGAUUGAUAAUAGAACCCUUACCGUUCGGUUGGAACCAAAUUCCCCCGGCCCCACCAGUUCUGGUGUACCUGUACGAAGCCAAGAUCGGUGUGCAGAUACUGCAGGACAGAGUGAGCAGGAAACCAGUGACUGUGGCCACAUCUAGACUGACGGACCUCCAAAGUGUCGGCGAUGGGGGAUUCAGACUUCCUCAGGCUCUGCAAAACACUCAAAAAGCUGCCAUCCCAAAGACAGGCGUCUCUGCAGUGGCUUCAAUCAUUGCAGAUAACAGCCUCGGCUACAUGGCUUAACGCGAAAGGAAUGAAUCUGCAAUCAACAU